AUGUUCAACAGGUUAUUUGGGAAGCCCAAGGAGCAGGCCAACGCCGGCGCGUUGGCCACUUUGGAUAAGUUAAACGAGACUCUUGAUAUGCUGGAGAAGAAAGAGAAAGUGUUAGAGAAAAAAGCAGGUGCUGAGCUUGAGAGGGCCAAGGAGUUCUCAAAAGCAAAGAAUAAAAGAGCGGCUAUCCAAUCAUUGAAGAGGAAAAAACUUUAUGAGCAGCAAAUUGAGCAGCUUGGGAAUUUCCAGUUGAGAAUCCAUGAUCAGAUGAUCAUGUUAGAAGCUGCUAAAGCUACGACAGAGACUGUUGAUGCAUUGAGGACUGGAGCUAAAGCUAUGAAAGCAAUGCAAAAAGCAACAAAUAUCGACGAUGUCGACAAGACUAUGGAUGAAAUUAAUGAACAGACAGAAAACAUGAAACAAAUACAAGAUGCUCUGUCAUCUCCUCUUGGAGCUUCUGCUGAUUUUGACGAGGACUACUGGAGCCUGUUGUAA